AGUUGGAAGCAAAGUAGAAGAAUUAGAAGAAAAAGUAGAAGGUUUGGAAGAUAAUUUAGAAAUGGAACGUGAAGAAGCUGAGAAAGCAUUGAAUACAGCCAUGAAGUGGAGAGAACGCCAAAUGAAAGAAGUAAAAAUCAAUCAAUGUUUCGAGAGAGAAGUGUUUUUAAAAAAAAUAGAAGUUUUAGAAAAUAACAUUAAUUGA